AUGAAGGUGAUUGUGAUCGACGAAAACGAAGGUGAGAACGAGCGAAACGCGGAAUUUUUUGUUUAUGUUAUUUGAUAUGAUCGAUUUUUCAGAGACAUCGAAUGGGUGUCGAAAAACUAAUAACAAUAAUAAUAUUAGCGACAAUUUGAUGACUAAUGAUGUGGAAUUAACUGAAAUUGGUGAGCAUUUUUGGGUGGUUUUUGGGGAUACGAAAAUUGUGGGGGAUUUUAUUGAAAGAACUUUGUUAACCGGGUGAAAAUUGUUCUUUUGUGAAUAUUCAGUAAACUCAACUCUUAAAAUGGUUUAUGGCGUGGCUAAGUUUGAGAAUCUCGAAGAAUUGUAAAUUUAAAAGCCUAGAAGGUCCAUAGUUUUCAAUAAACAAUUUAUUUUUCACGUCAUAACUUUUCGAACUGUUUUUAAUAUUUGAAAUACUUUUUAGUUCAAAAAAUUCCUGAAAAGCAGCUGUUUCUUUGAGUUCAAAGAGAUAUUUUUUGUUUUCAAUAGAAUUUUUUCUGAAAACAAUACAAUAUUUUUCCUCCCAAAUGUUUUCUGUUGAUAUCUUCCCAGACUAAAACAACAUUAAAGUGUACUUACAAAAAAUGUCACCUUUUUUCCCGAAUUUUCUCCUCGUUCUCCCCUUUUUCUCAUCUUCUCUCAUUUCUUUCGUUCUCCCUACGGACCCUCUUGGCUCCUCCAGCUCCGCUUUUUUGUGUGCCUCGUCUAGCUCACUCUCUUUUUCUCCAUCGAUUCUCCCCUUGAAAAAUAUAUAGAAUAUAAAAAUAUUGUUUUUUUUUGUUAGGUGACAUGAAUUUUUCAACAGUCUUUUGGUGGGUGUUUUUUUGGCACCAGUUUUUUCUUAUACAUUUUCAAUUCGUUUAUUUUUGUAGGGAGAUAUUGGGGGAAUAUUUGAAACAGAUGUUCAUAUAAAUUUCAUGAGCAAAAGGGGGAUGCAACCAACAUAUUUUUAUUUAUUUAUUUUAUUUUCAUAUAUUUUUCCGAUCAAAAUUUUGUUAUUUUGGAUUGGAAAUUCUUUGCUCUAGACGAAAUCAAGCAUGGAUUUCCGAUUGGAUUUAAUUUUUAAAAACAUAGGUAUUUCCUUGGUCUUUAUUGAGAAAUUGAGAUUUUCGCUAAUUCUUGGUAAAUUUUCCAAACUGAACAACUGAAAAUGACGAAUUCUAAAAACAUGCGAAUUGACUCACCGGGCCGUUCUGGUCCAAUAAGUUACCCCAAAUUUUCAAAGUUUUAGAAAUGUUCUGGGAUUCUUAGACUUUGAACUCUGUACUCAUUCGGGCUUUGAGAGCAAUGGUUUUUCUUCUAACCGGGAAGUUCUGGUAUUAACAUUUUUUGAAACGUUUAAAAUUUUUCUUGGAAAAUUGAUAUUAAAAGGAAAACCAUCAAAAAUUGGACUAUGAUUUGAAUUUCCGAUUUGAUUUGAUUUAUGAUGUCACAUCCUCGUUCCUUAUUGCAAAUGAGCAAUUUUUAGCAGCAUCGAAAAAUUGAGAAUGAAAAAUUUUAGAUUUUUUUUGUAUUUAUUUUUCGACCUCGAGAGCUACAUUUUGCUCGAAAAGUUCCAGACUUUUCUUGAAAAUAAAAAAUGAUAAUAUUUUCCUCGGGAUUAGACCUCGAUUUGUAUUUCUAUUUACACUCACUAAUAAGCUGCUAUUCAUCACAAAAAUUGAAAUAAACAUGGAUUUGUUGAGUUGAGGCAAAGCUGGAUUAUCUUCCUGAAAUUCAGAUUUUUCUCCAAAAAUAAUUUUUUUUUCCCUAAAAAAAUACCAAAACCGAUUUUGUAAAGUUAUGGUAUUCGUUCCUUUUCUAAAUCACCUGACCAUCUAAAAAUGUUUUUUUUGUUGACUAGUUAGUUUGAUACCCAUUUUGGGGCUGAUUUCGACCUUGAAAAUCGUAAUGUCCUUUUCUUUCAAAACUUUUUGUUGUUGUUAGUUUUUUCCAAGAAAAAAAAAAUAAAAAACCGUAUUUUUCUAUGAAAUUGUACUAAAAAUACAUAUUUUGAGGCACAAAAAAUACAUUUAUUUUUCUCGAAAAAGUACUCGUUUUCCGGCCACCGGAAAUCACAAAUUUUCUGGUUUUUCUUCUCCAAAGUGAUUUUAUUUCAUUAUUUUAUGAAAAGAAAAAGAAUAAAUUAUUUUUUGCCAGUUUGUUUGGUUCAUUAGAAAUUCAGAAAGUUUUCCUGUUUUACGAUGUUCUCAUAGUUAAGCUUUUAUUGAUUUUGAAGAUUUUUUUGUUAAAAAAUCAUAUUUUUAGUAACUUUUUUCUGGUCAAAAAAUCAGGGAAUUAUAAUUAUUAUUCUAAGUUUUUUUCGUUGAGUGGAUCAAAUUAGAACAAGAAAUUGAGAAUGAGAAGAAGAAGAAGCUUGUUAGGUGUUUUUUGUGAUUUGUCAUAUGUUGAGUCAUGUUUUUGUUGAAACAAUGUGUUUUUUUUUUGUUUUUCUUGGGCCAGGCAUUACGAUAAUUUCUGUGAAUUUUUUGGAAUUUGCGUAUUUCUCUUUCAUCUGGUUCAGGAUUUUCUCAUUUCUUCAAAAUUUGAAAUUUUAAAUCAUGAAAAAUUUUCAAAAAUGUUUUUCAAAAUGUCACGUGAAAAAAAAAUUCACAGGAAAAUUAUCCAAUAAAAUUUUCGAAUAAAAAUUCAUUGCAAAGGAUUUUCUAGAAAUUCAUCUUUUUUGAACAAAAACAUUUGAAAAAUACUCGAAUUUCUUAUACAAAUCCGGCUUUUAAUAUUUUGGGAAAAAUUUUGGGAAAAACUCAUUUGUAAAUCCUCAAUCUUCUAUAAUCUCGAAAAAUUGAGUUUUUCCCGAAUUUCCUUCAGCUUAAAAAUUACUGAAAACAACCAUUCGAAACUCCUUAAAAUCACAGUUUCUAGUUUUUUAUCCCAAACUUUUUUUUUUCGUUAUUCGUAAUAAACUCUCGACAUAGAUAAUUCAUUUGUCAAUCAAUUCGUUCGUUUUUCUUUCCUCAUAUUUUUUCCCUUUCAUCUUUCAUUAUCGCAUUCAUCUCCCCAUGUUUUUUUUCAUUUUCAAUUUCUAGUACUUUUUUCCUCUUUCUCUCAAUCUCGACAAAAAUGUGUUGUUUUUUUGACUGUAUGUCUGACUGUCAGAAAAAAAUGAAAAAAGAAAAUCAUCAUCGAAUCGCAAAAAAAGAACUGGUUUCCCUCCUUUUUCUCACCAUAAUAUUGUUUCACUUUUGUUUCUAUAUUUUUUUUGGUACUUAUUUAUGAAUGACGAAUUUAUUUGUCAAAACAUGGAAAAUGUGAUUUUUUUAUCAGAGUUCAACAUUUUUUAGUAAUUAUCUGAUUAUUGCAUUUUUUGGAAAAAACGAAUGGUUUUUGUGCUUUUCCACACCGAUGAGUUUUUUGAAAAUUCGGAAAAGGAAAAAAAUUGACCUUUUUUGAAAGGAGGUGAAAAAUUUAUGUAUUUUCACGAGAAUUUCCGACCUAGAGGUUGGAAGUUUGAGUUUUUCUAAGUUUAUGACAUAUUCAGAACAAAAUUUGACUUCACGAUUUUUUUUCUUCAUACGAUUCUUCAUACGUUAGGUUGACUUUUUGUUUUUUUCAAAUACUUCUGAAAUUAAAUUUAGAUGUUUCGAAAUUGCCACGUCAUUUAAUUUAAUAGGUUUUUGUGCUUUUUUUCUGAAGUAUAUUAGUUUUUCGAUUCUAAAUACUAAUAUUUUUGACGCCAUAAUUCUGAAACGUGGCAAAAUUGAAAAUUCGAAAACUUUUCCACAUCAUAACUCAUGUUUAGAGAUGAGCUAACUUUAUAUUGUCUGUGGACUUUAUAUUGUCUGUCGAUCAGCGCUUGAACUGAAAAAAAUUUUUCUCAAAAAAAAAAAGAAAAAUUCCGUCGAUUCAGUCACUCUGAACGGAUUUUUGUUAAAUUCUCUCCGAACAUUUUCGGUCUUUGUACAUUGUUCGUCUUCAUUCUUAUGAUAUCAUUUUUUUGUUAUUAUUUUCAUUUUUUAUUACCACCAAAAAUCUGAGGUCGUGUAAAAAUAUGAGAAUAUUUGGCCAGCCGCCAGAUAUUGUUUUUUUUUGUGUGUGUUGCUUAUUGUCAGUGAGAGACGCAGAGAAAAAUGACCAGAAUGUGUAGCUGUGUAAUUUACAUUAGUUUUUUUGGUGGCUGGUCAGUGGCUGGACAAAUGUGUUCUUCCACAGAUUUCCAUUAGGAAGAAGAAGAAGAAAAAUCAAAAAAUCAAUUGAGAGAAAAAGUUUGUCAAGAAAUAUAAGUCUUAUUGUUUUAUAUUAUUUUUUACAACCAAUUUUUUGUAUUCUCUUUUUUUUUUGCCAUCUGAACUUUCGCUAUCAUUUUUCUCUUUUUCUUUCUUUUUUAUUCGCCUUCUUCUUCUUCUUCAUAUAUGUUUUUGUUAUAUGAUUUCGAUUGAGAUGGAUCAAUUAUAUGUAUAUCGUCUAUCUGUUUUUCUCCUUUUCAAUAUAUCUGUUUCUAUGUGUUUAUCAUUUUUGGUUUUUGACAAACUUGUAUAGUUUUGGCAGAUUUUUGGAUAGAAAGUAGUUUUGUUGAAUUCUGAUCACCCAGGAAUCUCGAACGUUUUUCAGUAAAAGAAAUCUCCCAAAAUUGAUAUUUGGCUUGAAAAAGUGUUUUUAUUUCCGAAAUGUUUCUUCAUCUAUACAUUUUUCUGUAGUUGCUACAAAAUGUGUUAAUGUUUUGUAAUAAUAUCACUGAAAUUAGAAUUUAGAUUAUUGUGAAAUAUUGUGAUAAGUAUAAAAAAAAUGUUGUCUUGGUAGAUUUGUUUUUAUUUGCUAGAGAUUGACUCGUAUUCGAUAUCUUCACUAUUCGAUCUAAAAUUUUAACUUUAACACGAAAUUCUCUCAUUGAAAUUUCGCAUUCCAAAAUGUUCAGAAGUAAGUUUUUCUUGUCUUAUUUUUGAAUUUAGAAGUUUGAAACUUUGAUUUUUGGCAUAAAAAUUAAACGUGAUUUUCAAAAAAAAAAAUGAUCAAAAGAUUUUUGAAUCGAAUAGCUGAGCCUAAAUACCCUUAUUGUCUAGGACCCGCGCUUAGAGAGUUACUCUGGCUAGAAACGGUUUCUUGAGAGUCACUGUGGAUAAAUAUUAUGCCAAUGGUUGCCACGUAGACUAGGUUUUCGGUACAUUUGAUGUGAACUUUUGUCUUUUUAGCAAACAAAUAUUAAAAAGAAAAAGAGGAAUGAUUGAUAAAUAUAAAAUUUUUAUUGUUAUGAUUAUUAUCAAUGGCUCCUUGCGACAUUUUUUUUAGAGUGUUCAUUUUUUGAAAGAGUUUUUCAGAAAAUUAGGAAUGCGAUUUUGGAUUUGAAGAAUAUGCUGAUUUUCAUUGAUUCAAACGUAUAUCUGAAAUAGCAUAAUUUUGCUCAAGAAUAUUUGGUCAACUGGAAUGUAUUAUCAACCCUUAUUAGUUCCGCUUUUUUCUUUUUGUUCCAUGAUUUCUGCCAGAAUAAUCUAUCAACAAAUUUUUAUCAAAGAGAGUGAAAUCAAUUUUUUUUGCUAAUUGUCACUGUAGUUUGAGCUGUCACAAGCGGAGCUGAUAAAAAGACAGAAGUUCACACUGUCAUCAGAAUUAUGGCCCAUUUCAUCAUAUAAUUUAGAUUCUUUUUUGAUCCCGAAAUGAAAAAAACUGAAAAUUUUUACUCUAUUUCCGCAAAUUGUAAAUAAAUUCAUAUUCAGAAUUAUUCCGUCAGCAUUUUUUGUUGUAAAUUGAACGGUAUAAAAAAUAAUCCGACAUAAUUUAUGUGGUUUUUUUGGUUGGCCUGCAAAACAAAAACUGUAUCGAUCAGAAUUUCGGUUUUUUGGUAUACAGUUCUUUUUUGGAAAUUAUUUUCAUAGAAGUUCAGAUUUGGGUUGAAUCUGAAUUUAGAGACCUAAUUUUUGAAAAAAAAUUUAAAAGUUCACACCUUUAUUGGAAGAAUUUUCUCUGAAUCUCGAAAUUUCCUAGACAAUUUCAACCUCUUGAUUCCAACACCUCUAACCUAACGAACCCCCCGAAAUAAACUCGAAUGCUCCAAAAAAUCAAAUAUUUGCCCAUGAGACUAGUUUUUUUCCUUGCAAAGUUUGUUUCUUUUCUAUGAGCCAAAAAGUUAAUCGCUGAUAGUAUUAUAAUCUGAGAAAUUGAGAAAAAGUUCUAAAUUGAUCAUCAGAUGCUUCCAGAGAAAAUUUUGUUUUUUGUCUGGGGCACCUUGUGAUUUUUUCUCCACUCUUAUCUGUUUUUUAUUGAUUAUCGUUUUUUUUAUCAUUCUCUUCUUCUGUUUGUGUGCUAAACUUUUUUAGUUUAUUGCAUUAUUUUUUUAUUCCUCAUAAAUAUGUCUAAUAAUUGUUAUACCAAUUAUGGAAGUGUUGGUGGGUUUUUUGAACUAUUUUUAGAAUGACUCAAAAAAUUAGGACUUCAAUUUUCUGACCAAAAACUUUUUUGGAACUGAACAUAAGGAUUAUGAUAAUUUUUGAGAGAGAAAAUAUAGAUUUGAAUAUUUUGGUUAGUCAUUUUGAGAGCGAAAUUGUUUAUUUUGACCCGUGAUAAACUAAUAAUUGGUUUUCGGAACCGAAAAUUUAGGGAGUUUCGAGUUUAUGUAGAAUUUUUAUGUCAAAAUUCCAGGCGUCCGAAAAAGGAUCCUAUUUUAAAGUCUGAAUAAUUUUUGAAGACUCUACCAAGUGUUUCAGUAUUUUGUUAUCAUGAAAAAUGUGAUUUUUGAUCUAAUAAAAGAUGAUUGUUUAUCGAAAAAAAAUAUGAGCCCUUUUUGAUGCGAAAAAUGUGAGAUUUCUUUUGCUCUGAAAAAUUUCGAAUUGAAAAAAUGUGAUUCUGAUCACCUCUUUCCUUCCUUUCUUCUUCCCCGUCUUUUUUCCAAAUAAGUCAACAAACCUUGUUUAUUUGUUUUUACCACUAACUUAAAUACUUUCAAAAAGCGAACCAUUUGAUUUCCAGACGACGAAAAUCGCCAAUUUUCGGGUGGCGAAGAGGUGAAAAAAGAAGACGAAGAAAGUGGAGAAGUUAGGCAAACUGAUUGUGAGGAGGAAGGAAAUCCGAAGAAAAACGAGAACGAAAACGAGAAAAGUGGAGGUGAAAAAGGAGAACAGAAUCAGGCACAAACGAUGGAUGAUGAUGAUGUUAUAACAAUAGGUAAGAGGAUUUUGGAGGGAAAUUUUGAAUCUAGAAUUUGAAAAUUACAAAAAUCUAGAACUGGAUGAGACUUUUGGAGAAAAUAGAUUAAAAAACGUUGUUUUGGAUAAACAUUCGCUAGAUCGUGCAAGAUUCUAAUAAUUUUCUUAUUUCCAGCCCGAACAUCUCGUCGAAUCUGUGGUUCAGCAGCCAGCAGUUCAGAUUCUGAAACAGCUGACGACGCUCCACUUCUUCCUGAUGAUAAUGGUCCCACAUCAUCAUCAUCACAAGCUGUUCGAAUCGAUAUUCCUGGAGGAGAUAAACCGGCAAGUCCACAUGAUCGAUUUCCGAAAAGACCAUGGAAAGCGCUGAUUGCAUUUAUCACGUUGUUUGUAUCGGCUGCGUUGAACACGAUUGUUUUGUCGUAUGUUCAUGAAAAGGUAAGACAUUUUGGAAUUUUCCAGUGUGUGAAAUUUCACUGAACUUUGUGGUAAUACGAAGCCUCAUUUUGUUUUUUUUUACAGUACCCCAUAAAUCAGCCACCACUUCCUGAUAUUGUCUUCGAUCAUUUUCCAUAUUAUCGAGAAGGAUUGGCGAUUUGUGAAACUCUGAUGAUUGUGUCGUUUUCGUGUGUUUUAGCGUUGAUUGCAUUCCAUCGGUGGGUUAUUUUGAAAAUUUGGAAAAUAAAAAAAUCCAAACAGAAAGUUAGGAGACAAUUGAUUUUGAUUUCGAAAAAAAAAUAGAAAAAAUAAAGAAAAACUUUUUUUCUUCAAUCCUCCAUUUCAAAUUUCUUCCAGUCAUCGAUGGAUUGUUUUACGGCGAUUAUGCACAAUCGGAGCAAUUCUCUAUUUUCUCCGUAGUAUCACAAUGAUUGUCACCCAAGUUCCAGUCGCCGAUCCAAAUUGGCAUUGUGCACCACGACUUGGCGGAAAUGGAACUGCGUGGCAAAUUAUUUGGAGAGGAGUCAAAAUGAUUGUUGGUGUCGGGUUGAAUGUGAAUGGAGACAACACGUUGUGUGGAGACUAUAUUUAUAGUGGACAUACGAUUGUGUUGGUGGUUAGCGCGCUUUUUAUGUCAGAGUGUGAGUUUUUGCGGAGGGUUUUCGGGAGGGAAUCAGAAUUUUUUGGGUAUAUUCUCGGACCACGAAAGUAAGGCGAAUUUUUAAAAUUAAAAUUUUGAUGAAUUUAUUGUAAUUGUGACCGAAAAAACAUUUUCGUGAGCAAUUUUUAUUCCAAAAAUUCAAAUCUAUCGCAAUUCAUCAUCAAAAGUUUCCAUUUUGCAGACUCGCCACGGCGUUGGUGGUUCCUUCAUAUCAGUUGGUGGAUUUUGGCCGCUGUUGGUGUCGUCUUCUUGGUGAUUUCACAUGGCCAUUACACUAUCGAUGUUAUUUUGUCGUAUUUUAUAUGCACCAGAGUUUUUUGGAUUUAUCAUACGAUGGCUGCGCAUCCCACACUGAGGGUGAGGAUUUUUUUUUGUAAAAUUUCAACAAUUUUCAAGAACUUUAAAAAAAUAUUUUACAUUUUUAUCUGUUACGAAUCGUUAAUUAUUAAGGACAUUCAAAUUUUAAAUGAAAAAUCUGUUUUUUUUUGUCAAAAAUUUUGCACAGAUUUUUCAUUCAAAAUGAAUUUACCACAUCAUAUAUCUUCUCUUGCCUCCAAAAACCUCCAUUAUUUUCCAGUCUUCUCUCCACAAUCAUCAUCGCAAAGAAUUUUGGUUCGGCGCUUUCAAAUGGCUCGAAUCAGAUAUUCAAAGACCAGUUCCACGUCGAUUCGAUAUUCCAUUUCCACUAAAUCAUAUUUACAAUUCAGUAGUUCAACAACGAAAUCGACGAAAUCGCAUCGAAUAA